AUGGCGCCUCCCAAGCCCGCGCUCGACUUUGUUGACUUUGUCAACGCCUCGCCCACCCCCUACCACGCCGUCCGCUCCGCCGGCGCCCGCCUCGAAAAGGCCGGCUUCACCCUGAUCCGCGAGCGAGACUGCUGGACUUCGGCCCUCAAGCCCGGCGGCAAGUACUACCUCACCCGCAACGGCUCGUCCAUAAUCGCCUUUGCCGUCGGCCACAAGUGGAGGCCCGGCAACCCCGUCGCCAUUGUCGGCGCCCAUACCGACUCGCCCUGCCUGCGCCUCAAGCCCGUCUCCAAAAAGUCCAACGUCGGCUACCUCCAGAUCGGCGUCGAGACCUACGGCGGCGGCAUCUGGCACUCGUGGUUCGACCGUGAUCUGAGCAUUGCCGGCCGCGUCCUCGUCCGCCAAGGCGACAGCGUCGUCCAGAAGCUCGUCAAGGUCGACAGGCCGCUCCUGCGCAUCCCCACCCUCGCCAUCCAUCUCAACCGCGAUGCAGGUUUUGAUCCCAACAAGGAGACGGAGCUCUUCCCCAUUGCCGGUCUCGCUGCCGCAGAGUUGAACAAGGCCAGUCCCGAGCAUGACGAGCUGGUCACCGCCAGCAAGGACGGCUUUCAGCCCCUCGACAAGAUGACAGACCGCCAUCAUCCCGCCCUGCUCGACCUCAUCGCCGGCGAGCUCGGCGUCGAUGUCUCGGCCAUUGCCGACUUCGAGCUCGUCCUCUACGAUACGCAGAAGUCGUGCAUCGGAGGCCUCGCCGACGAGCUCAUCUUCUCCCCGCGCCUCGACAACUUGGGCAUGACGUACUGCGCCAUCAUGGGCCUCAUCUCCUCUGUCAAGGAGAGCUCUUCGCUCGACAGCGACUCCACCAUCCGCCUUGCCGCCUGCUUCGACCACGAGGAGAUUGGCUCCCAGUCGGCCCAGGGCGCCCAUUCCAACAUGCUGCCGUCGGUGCUGCGCCGCCUGUCCAUCUUGCCCGGCGCCCGCGACGCCUCCUCCGAGGCCGACGACUCGACGGCACACGAGCAGACGCUUUCACGCUCCUUUCUCGUCUCGGCCGACAUGGCGCAUGCGGUGCACCCCAACUACGCCGCCAAGCACGAGUCGUCGCACCAGCCCGCCAUCAACAAGGGCACCGUCAUCAAGGUCAACGCCAACCAGCGCUACGCCACCAACUCGCCCGGCAUCAUCCUCGUCCAGGAGUGCGCCCGCCUUGCUGGCGUGCCCCUGCAACUCUUCGUCGUGCGCAACGACUCGCCCUGUGGGAGCACCAUAGGGCCCGGCCUCGCCGCUCGCAUGGGCAUGCGCACGCUCGACCUCGGCAACCCGCAGCUCAGCAUGCACAGCAUCCGCGAGACGGGCGGCACGGCCGACGUCGAGCACGGCCUCAAGCUCUUUCACCAGUUUUAUCACAGCUACGGCCGUCUGGAGUCCAAGAUUCUCGUCGACUGA